CCGUUAGUCUUUUCAUCACUCCAUCAUAUCCCACACAUUCCCAGGCAAUAGACUGUCCGAGAACCUCAAACGCAACCAUGCAGCCUUCCAUGAACGCCUGCAUGAACGCCCUGGGGAUGAUCAGCAGCUCAAUCGAGGAGGAAACCUGGGAGACCGAGUUCGAGGGCCACAGCAUCACGGUGACCGGAGAGAAAGAACCCCUGCAGCGCCUGCGCAGCCACCGUACAAGCCCGGCCGCCGACCCCGAGCGUUCCGAACUGCUGAUCCCCGUCCUCACCUUCUGCAUUCCCCCCAAUGUAGACGAGCCAUGGGAGUUCGCCGUCCGCUUCCUGCAACACGAGGUCAACACGCAACGCCAGAACCACGAUUAUCCCGCGGACACGACCUUCGCGGGCGUCGCCUGCUGUGAACAGCUCGGGCGAUAUCGCAUCUUCUACGAAGCGUCUCCCGCCGAUCCCGGGCCGUUGCUGGGUUAUACCUCGCCGCGCGGCCAGGUCGAGCUCCCUAUGACGUUGGACCCCAUGGAUCACUCUAUCAUCCAGCACUUGGGCGCGUUCGUACUCUUCAUGCUCCUCCAGAAGAACGGGAGACAGGCUCGGGCUGAGGCCACGACUGACUGAUUAUGGCCAGUAUGCAUAAAUACACUUGACUACACCCUGCUCUUUAUCCUUCAAUCCAGAUAUAAGCGUCCCCGGGGGAGAACCCCCGGACCCCCCUUCCCUUCAGCUUCCUGGUGCACCUCAAUCCAUACAGAGACAAAC